AUGCUGGUGGCCCUUGUCGCCUUCUUCAUCUGCAGACAGAAAGUUAACCAUGGCCGGGAAAGGCCAUCUGCCCGCCUGAGCAUCCACAGAGAUCGGCCUUUGUCUGUCCAUUUGAAUCUGGGCCAGAAAGGUAACCGGAAAACCUCUUGCCCCAUAAAGAUAAAUCAGUUUGAAGGGCAUUUCAUGAAGCUGCAGGCUGACUCCAACUACCUUCUCUCCAAGGAAUAUGAGGACUUAAAAGAUGUGGGUCGAAACCAGCCAUGUGACAUUGCUCUCUUGCCUGAGAAUAGAGGGAAAAAUCGAUAUAACAACAUACUGCCCUAUGAUACGUCAAGAGUGAAGUUGUCCAACGUAGACGACGACCCAUGCUCUGACUACAUCAAUGCCAGUUACAUCCCUGGUAAUAACUUCAGAAGAGAAUAUAUCGCCACUCAGGGACCGCUUCCUGGCACUAAGGAUGACUUCUGGAAAAUGGCGUGGGAACAAAAUGUUCACAACAUCGUCAUGGUGACCCAGUGUGUUGAGAAAGGCCGAGUAAAGUGUGACCAUUACUGGCCAGCAGACCAGGACUCACUCUAUUAUGGGGACCUCAUCCUGCAGAUGGUGUCAGAGUCCGUACUACCUGAGUGGACCAUCAGAGAAUUUAAGAUAUGCAGUGAAGAACAGUUGGAUGCACAUAGACUCAUCCGUCACUUUCACUACACAGUAUGGCCAGACCAUGGAGUCCCAGAGACCACCCAGUCCCUGAUCCAGUUUGUGAGGACUGUCAGGGACUACAUCAACAGAAGCCCGGGAGCCGGGCCCACCGUAGUGCACUGCAGUGCUGGUGUGGGCAGAACUGGAACAUUCGUUGCCUUGGACCGGAUCCUCCAGCAGUUGGACUCCAAGGACUCUGUGGACAUUUAUGGAGCAGUGCAUGACCUAAGACUUCACAGGGUUCACAUGGUCCAGACUGAGUGUCAGUACAUAUAUCUGCAUCAGUGUGUGAGAGAUGUCCUCAGAGCCAGAAAAUUGCGCAACGAACAAGAAAACCCCCUGUUUCCAAUCUAUGAAAAUGUGAAUCCAGAGUAUCACAGAGUGGAUAGCAAUGUCAGGAGUGCCAGAGAUAGCUGGGAGAAGCAACACUACGCAAUCCCUGGAGAGCUUCCUUCUGAGGACUCACUAUCUUCCAAAGGUUUUGAUGCAUCAUUUUCUAACACUGUCACCCUGCAGACCAAGCAUUUGACUAUACAAUCUACUCGAGACAUUAAAGAUGCCCCUGAAAAUGCCCUGGAUGAAAGUUUUUCACUGUGUGACUUUUAA